AUGUACGGUAAUCGAUGUAAUGACGAAAUCAUUACCAUACCGAGCAGUAUGCAAAAACUGCAGCGCGCGAGUGGAGCUACCGGCGGAGGUUCAACUCCUAUUUAUCCGGGCGCCGCAUCACACCCUCUCACAUCUCUACUAUCCCAGCAGAGGUUGCUGGAGUUGUCAAGAUUUGGUUUGAGGCACUACGAUAUCGCCCAUCACGUGUUGUCUCAGCAAGGUGCUGUUACGAAACUGCUUGGUACUUUACGACCACCGGGCCUGAUUGGCGGGAGUAAGCCAAAAGUGGCCACACCCGCUGUAGUAUCUAAGAUAGAACAAUACAAGAGAGAAAACCCAACUAUCUUCGCCUGGGAGAUACGCGAAAGACUUAUAUCGGAAGGUGUUUGCACUAAUGCGACAGCGCCAAGUGUGUCAUCAAUCAACAGGAUACUCAGAAAUCGUGCAGCUGAAAGAGCUGCAGCAGAAUUCGCUAGGGCAGCUGGUUAUGGUUUAUAUGCUGCUCCCCCACCCUACGGAGCAUUCCCAUGGGCCGGAGGAGGUGGCGUUUGGCCUCCAGGAACACUCUCCCUUCCCCCUGGAGUACCAGCUCCACCCUCCGGCGUCCCUCACCCAGAUGCCGUACAACAAGGAUUUCUUUCAUCGUCUGGACGUGGACUCAUUGACGUAGACGGCGACGAUUCCGGAUCUUUGGAUGGCGAACAACCGAAAUUCCGACGGAACAGAACUACCUUCAGCCCAGACCAACUUGAAGAAUUAGAAAAGGAAUUCGAGAAAUCUCAUUACCCAUGCGUUUCUACUCGAGAACGGCUCGCCUCCAAAACAUCGCUAUCGGAAGCGCGCGUACAGGUUUGGUUUUCCAACAGACGAGCCAAGUGGAGACGCCAUCAGCGCAUGAACCUCCUGAAACGAGGUGGCGGCUCGCCCCCCCACCGCCUCCCCCACUCCCCUUCCCGUUCCCGUUCUCGUUCUUUGUCCCCCUCGCGCUUCCCUUACCACACCCCUCAGAUGGGCGGCGAAAAUAGCGCGUUCAAAGCGCUCGCGCACCAAGACACGAACGCCUUAAAGGCACUAUCACACCAGCAAUUUGGCAGUAACGCACUGAAAGCAUUGUCGCAGCAACAGUUUGAAAACGAAGCAUUCAAGCAUCAUCCUGCGUUGGAAAACAGCGCUUUUAAGGCGUUAGUCCCGCAUUCAGCGGCCGCAGCGCUUUUAGCAGCACAAUCGAUACAGUUAGCUCGAGGAUACGAAUCACACUCGGAUACUGAUGAAGAGAUCAAUGUGCACGAUGAAAGUGAUGAUGAAAGUGAGAAACACAAAAACAAAGUGAGACCUCGGACACCGAGCCCGGGCCGACGGCCACCGGCCAAUGACUUGCCCCUACAACUCACCAAACACGAUCGCUGA